AUGACGGCAAUCUUGAAAAUUUGUAGCCUGCUUUCUUUGCUCAUGACUCGAGAGGGCCUCUUAACCUCUCAAGGAAACAGAGGGCCUCUUAGCUCCUGAGCACCACCGCUUGCACCUGUUGCCUUCUCUACCCACAGCACAGCAAUGGCUACUCUGUCCCUUCCCUCGGCAAAGCAGACGACCACGGGUGAGCACCGAGAGACGAAAGAGCUCCGAAAGGGGCGUCUCGUUUUGUUCGUGCUGCUUACCGCUUACUCCGGCCUGUUGAUGUACCUCUUGUGGGGCGACUUGGUGUCCGUGGCCUCCGUCCAGGUGACCUACGUCGGCGUCGGCCUCCUGCUCUGCAGGCUCUCCGGAUGCUGGGAGCAGAGAAGAAACGACGACGGAGGAAGACGGUGGCAGCUGGACGCCGUCCUCUGGCUCGUCUUCCUGUCGUCUGGGGUCCUUCAGGUAUCCAGGUUGGCGCGAACCGCGGCGUCCUCGACGUCGGUGCCGAUGCUUCUGGCGGCCGUGGGCGCGGCUGCUCUCGGGGUCGGAGGCUGCUGCGCGUACCUGCUUCACCGACGUAGCUGGUCGAAGCAGCAGCGCCAGGAACUAAUCUUCAUGCCGCUUAGGCAGGAUCCGCGCAGUUGAUUGGAUAUCUCGCGUCUCCACUGCAAUUGAGAUAUAGGGUGUACUUUAUCGAGAGAUGGCGGGUUGUUCAGGAUGUAACAGUAACUAGGUGGUUCCCCGCUCAUUUCCGUGGGAAUACAAAAUUCCAAUUUCAAAUAAGUUUGCUAUAUGAAAAAAAAAUAGGCUGUAAAAGGGAAUCAGAACUGCAUGAUUUUAACGC